CAAGCAAGCAAGCAACCCUUCUCUCUCUCUCUCUCUCUCUCUCUGUCCUCCAUUAUAUACAAUACACACAUCCUAUUGAAAUCAUCUUCUUCUCCGCCAUUAACCCUAACCUCUCUCUCUCUCGCUCUCUCUCUUCGGAGUUGCUAAGUGAUAUGGUUUCGAGUAGUGAUCGAUCGGAGAUAGUAUUCUUCGACAUUGAGACCACCGUUCCGACCCGACCCGGCCAGGGAUUCGGCAUUAUCGAAUUCGGAGCCAUACUGGUAUGCCCUAGGAAGCUGGUUGAGCUGGAGAGCUACUCCACCUUGCUCCGACCCCUUGAUCUCUCUCUCAUCUCCACAUUGUCGGUCCGCUGCAACGGCAUCAACAAGGACGCCGUCAUUUCCUCCCCCACUUUCGCCCAGAUCGCCGACAAGGUCUACGACAUUCUCCAGGGGCGGAUAUGGGCAGGUCACAAUAUACUGAGGUUUGAUUGUGCUCGGAUUCGGGAGGCGUUUGCGGAAAUUAAACGGCCACCACCGGAGCCGAAGGGCACUAUUGAUUCAUUGGCUCUGUUGACUCAGAGGUUUGGGAGGAGAGCUGGUGACAUGAAGAUGGCCACACUUGCAACUUACUUUGGGCUUGGACAGCAAACACAUAGGAGCUUAGAUGAUGUUCGGAUGAAUCUCGAAGUUCUCAAGUAUUGUGCAACAGUUCUAUUCUUGGAGUCAAGCCUCCCAGACAUAUUUACAGCAAACAGUUGGGUUUCUCCUAAUGCUAUGACAAGAAGUCGUAGUAACGGGAAAGCUUCUCCGGAUGGGAUGGUCAUGAACACACAUACAUCCUCAUCAAGUGCCAAAAUUGAAAAUCACAAAUCAUCCCUUACAAAUCUAAGAAUAGAGGAAAACCAUCCAAUACUAUCUCUUAUGACUCCCAACAUAGGGGAAGACGUUGAACCCAAUACAGCUUCUCCAGACCCUUUUAACAUGGGUCCACUUAGUGAUGCAGUGCAGAGGAAGCAAUCAGAUGACACCAUGAAAGAAGAAUCUGGUUCAGAUCCAGAUUCUUCUACCACAGUUAGAUCUGAGGGCUCUAAUGGCUCUGCCAAUUUCAUAGACCCUGAUGAAGUUUCUAUACCUUCUAUCAAUGUAUCUCUUGCCCCAUUUUAUCGUGGAACUCAAAGAAUACACAUCAUGCACAAAGAUUUUACACUGCAGCUUUGCUGUUCUCACUUGAAAGUGCGUUUUGGAAUAAGUACGAAAUUCGUCGAUUAUGCUGGCCGGCCGCGAUUGAAUUUUGUUGUGGAUGCAACUCCAAACCUUUGUCGGGUUUUGGAUGCAUGCGAUAGUCUUGCACAGAGAUUGUCCGUAGAUUCUGGUAGCAGUUCUGAGUGGAGACCUCUGGUGACCAGAAAGGCUGGUUUCUUGAACUCACCUACUGUCCGAUUGCACAUACCUACCGUCACAGAUGGGAGUGUUACCAGAUGGGUCACAGAAAUACACGAGAGAGAAUUUUCUACCUCCCCAAAAAAGCUUGUGUUUAGUAGAUUUGACAUUGCAGAACUUGAUGCAUUGUUCACUCCAGGAACUUAUGUGGAUGCAUACUUCUCCUUGGACCCAUACGACUAUCAACAGAACGCUGGUAUUCGAUUGGUGGCAAAAAAGUUGAUCAUACAUUCUAACUGAUUGGUCAUUUGCCACGUGAAUUUGUACCAAGUUUGACUAUCAAAAUUUGACUUUUGUGUUUUGCAAGGUUAAUUGGAAUGGAGGUCGAUGCUGUAAAUGAUGACAUGUAAUUGUAACAGAAAAUUUGUUUAGUCAGUGUGAUUUUUUAUGCAGAAAUUGACUUGAUGUGAACAAACGUGUUUCUACA